CAAUAUUUAAUGGUGGCCCAAGCGGCGGUGGGGCACGUGCUGCUUGAAUUGGUCUCCCAAAAUUUUAUUGAGCCCAGAUUGCGAAACGCGACAGCAGAGCGCAUCCAGCUCGACUCUCAAACCGCCAUCGCUUUUGAUUCAGCCUUUGAAAACGACAUUCGAUAGCUCAUAUUUUUGAGCCGUUACUUUUGGAAACAAGAAGAACCCACCGGCGUCGAUUUCCCUUCCCCAAGGCCACGUCUUUCGCUGCCAGGCUACGACCGGCGACUUUUCGCUUCGCGCGUUGCCCGCUCUCGCCUCCGCAAGUGUAACGCAACAUCCCCAAUUUCGAUGCCGGCGACACUCCACCACUCUACUUGACCCUUUUCUUGGGCGGCGGCACCGCAACUAUCGCGGAUUGCAGGGAAAUCAUGGCGGCGUCAUUCACCAUCACCGAGGCCCAGGCCGAGCUUAUUCGGUCUCUACCCCAGGAAGACAUACCUGCGAAGCUCCGAUGUGCUAUUUGUAGCAAACUAGCUGUCAACGCUUUCCGUUUGCCCUGCUGCGACCAGGCCAUCUGCGAGGGCUGUCAGUCGACCCUGCCUGCGUCGUGUCCUGUUUGCGAACACUCCCCGCUCUCGGCCGACGAUUGCAAGGCUCACAAAGCACUGCGGACGACCAUUAAGGUUUUUCUUCGGACAGAGGAGAAGAAGAGGGAGUCAAAUCGGCCAAAGGAGGCUACUCCCAUCACUCCUGUCGAUCCUAGCCCGGUUUCGGCAACUGCCCCAGUGCCACCUGAGCUGAAUGAGCAAUCGGCUGAGUCUGUGGCGCCUGCUGGGGAUAAUCAAGAACAAUCCAGCUCGGAGGCACCUGCUGCUGAAACUUCCGUCGAGACUUCCCAUGGCCAGGAAAAUGGUGAAGCGGCACCUGGUCAGAAUGACGAGACUUUAGAGCAUGAUGCUGCUGAUUCUGACCAACCUUCACAUCCUGCUCCCGAGGGCGAGGGCGUAGGAGAAGCCACAUCAACCGAAUUGGUGAAGCAAGAAGGCACUGAAGUUGCCGAGGGCGAGGAAACUGAGGAAGUCAACGGCGAGGAGGGGGAUGGAAAUGGGAAUGACCAAGAGCAGAAUGCAGAUGGUACAGCCAAGCCCGUGACUGGCGGUUUCGGCAUGGGCUUUGGCGGCAACUUUGAACAAAUGCCAAUGAUGAUGGCCAUGAACAACGGCUUUGGCAGUUUUCCAAUGAUGGGCAUGCCAGGCAUGAACAUGGACCCGGCGAUGAUGAUGCAAAUGUGGAGCGGGGGUUUUCAAGGCAUGGGCAUGAACGGCAUGAACAUGAAUAUGGGCAUGGGAGCAGCAGCAGCAGCAGCAGCAGCAGGGUACGGUGGCGAGGCCGAUAACUGGAGCGGACAGCAAUCAUGGAAUGUCGGCCAAGAUAAUUACAAUCAUCCAAGCGCUUCUGGCAUGGGCAAUGGUGAUUAUGGCUCGUUUAACUCUGGCUUCCAAACAGGAUAUAAUCAAGGUAAUUAUGGCCACCCAAAUCAGUUCAAUGACUAUCGCCGGAAUCAGUGGGGGGGUUUCCCCCGUGGUAGAGGUCGCGGCCGCGGGUACGGGUAUGGCGGCGGCGGGUAUGGACGAGGAAACUUCCACAAUGGGGGGUAUGGGGGUGGGAAUUAUAAUGAUCAGAAUUUCAACAACGGACAGCAGUAUCCCGGCAGUAUGAACGGUCAGGGCAGCGAGUUUGGUGGCGGCGAGAAUGGCGAAGGUGCUGUUGGCCCGAAUGAUGGUACCGUCGAUGAGUUUGGGCGCUCUAUUCGCGCUGAUGACGGUGCUGAGGGCGCCGCUGAUGGCCACCAAGACGGGGUUCCGCAUCAUCAGGGAGAGGGUGGUGAAGAGGGGGCACACCAAGGCGAAGAGGGCGGUCCAGCCCAGCCAGCUGAUGAAGUUCUGAUUAAUGCACCCAAGGGUCCCAAGGCUAUGUUGCGCGGUCUUCCCAACACGAGUUACAUUCACCUACAAGCUAGAGGCUGGGUGGAUGACGGGAAGCCGAAUACCCCCAACAGUGCGAAUGGCACUGCGGCGCCUAGCCAGGCGGGCGAUCACCCCCGGUCACGUAGUAGUUCCCCGAGUGGCUCGCGGAGGGGCGGUGGUGGUGAGGAUUACCAUCACCAUCACUCUCACAGGGAUAGGGAUCAUGAGGCUUAUCACUCUUCGAGGAGAGAGAGGGGCAAGUCUUCGAGGCACGAGGGGCAGUCGACGAGGACGCAUUCGCCUUCUGCGGUGGGGAGUCGGAGUGGGAGUCGCAGUCGGAGUGAGGAUAGGAAGGAGAAGGAGGAGAGGCAUCGGGGUGGUAGACGGCAGAGGUCGCAUUCGCCUGAUGGGGAUAGGGAAGAUGAUGGGGAGGACCGCCGGCAUAGGUCGCAUCGCAGCAGUAGGAAGCAUGAUGAUCGGAAGGAGAAGGAUGAGCAUACCCGCUCGCGCUCGGCGUCACCUCCGGCGGAUGAGUCCCGAAGAUCGAGCCAUCGCAGCAGCAGGAAGGAUCGUGACUCGGAUAAGAGACGGGAUAGGGAGAAGGAUCGGGAUAGAGAUGGGGAGCAUGAGAGCAGCAGACAUAAAUCUAGCGGCCAUCGGUCAUCUCAUCGGGAUAGGGACUACGAUAAGGAUCGCAGCGGCCGAGACCGUGAUAGAGAGCGGGACCGGGACCGCAAUAGGGAUCGUGACCGGGAUAGGGAUCGGGAAAGAGAUAGGGAUAGGGACCGUGACCGGGAGAGAGAUCGUGAUAGGGACAGGAAGGAGCGUCGUGAUCGAGAUCGGGACAGGCGGGAUAGGGAUAAGGAGAGGCGUCAUAGGAGUGGGAAGUCUACUGCUGAUGGGGCUGAGGAUGGGAGCUCGUCAAAGAGUAAAGGUUUGGAGAUUAAGGGUGGUGGUGGUGGGUCGAAGGGUCAUGGAGAGAAUGCUGCUGGUGAUAGCGUCGUUGGUGGGAGAAGGUCAAGUGCUGCUACGACUGGGCCUGCGGUGCAGGAUCCGCAUGCUGCCGAACGGGCUGCUCGGGAUAGGGAGCGGUUGCUUAAGGAGACGCGACGGAUGGCGAGUUUUGCUAGUAUUGCUGGGUCGAAGAGGGGACGGGAUAGGGAUGGGGAGGGGGAUGAUGGGGAGAGGAGGAGGAGUAGGAGGAAGGGGAGACGGGGGGAGGUAGUGGAUGGGGAGGGAGAGGAAAGGGAGAGAAGAGAUUAUGAUUGAUGGGUGGUGAGAUGCAUGGUGUUGUAGGGUGGUUGUAGAUUUACAUAGGGGGGUUGUCACUCGGAAAUCAAAAGCGCCCUUUUUGUGAAGAUGGUUUUUUGGGGCUGAAAUGGAAAAGAGGAUGAAAAGCGAUGUUCACGUUGGCAUUGGUGGUGGGGUGUUGUUUGGUGUAUAUAAUUAUGGUUGAGUGUGAUGUAUUUAUAAGACUGGGGAUCGGAGUAUAAUUGUGUCUUGUACCUACCGUCUUUAUCAACGCUAUUCACAGAAUGAAGGUGUUUCUAUG